AUGCUUCGAACAAACAUGUCGAUAGUUAAUCUUAACCAUUAAUAGAGUUCAAGUUCUCUAUUAUAAGCCUUAGUCAAUUAGAGACCAAAAUCAUCAUAAAAAUCACAUUCACAAAAAAGAGUGCCUUCAGCAAAAUCGAGUAAAACAAACUAAAUUGGCCAACCUAGUUACAAGGUACACUUCACUCUUAAUAAAAUUUAGCUGGUCACGUCUUCUUUAUGUUAGCCAAUUCAAAAUUAAAAACAAGAAGUAUCUUAACGAACAAAUGAGACCUUAAAGCCGAAGUAAAAUUUCUUAUGAUGUUAGUGAUAAUUCUGCAACUGAGCCUCUAUAAUCUCAAAGAAUUUAGGAGUAAUAUAGUGAAAAGAAAACCAAUAAAAAAGCAUCCUUAAUAUAAAGAACAAUAUUCGGUUAAAGCGCUGCAUCUUUGGGUAUUAAAUAAAAGACAGUUAAAUUGACCCGAGAAUCUAGAAGUAAUAGCAAAAAAGAAAUGCAAUAAUCAAUAAUUGAAGAAUCAACUUAAUAAUAGCAAGUCACAAAGGAAGUUGAAAAUGCAGAAGCUACUUAAAAGCUAGAAUAAUUGAUAUCAAAGUAUAAGAAUACAUCUUUUUUCAAUUAAACUUAGCAAUCUAAUUAGAUUUAAACACAACAAUUAAGUCCAUAGAUAGUUAUAAGUGUUUCGUAACCAAAGGAAAAUUAAUCUCUUUAAACCACUUAAUAAACCUUAUUGUCAUAAGCAUCCUUAGCAGUUUUAUCUGAGUAGGAUUAGAAUUUAAAUACAGCUUUUUCUUAAUCAGCUAAUUUAUAGGUUAAUUAAACUUAAAUAAACAAGUAUGUAACUAGAAUUUCAAGAGGAGCAAAUUUUUUUCCAUAAAAAUAGAAUUCUAAUUCUGUUAAUAAUUCAGUUAAUACUAAGCCUACAAGAAAAAGAAUGAAUUCUCCUUUGCAUGCUUAAAGAAGAUCGAAAGAAAAUUCAAUUGUAUCAGAAUCAUUAGUAAGUCAUAGGGAAUCAAAAUAGAAACUUAGAAAUUUGUCUGGGGAUAGAAAAUUUACAUCAGCUUAAAAGGUUAGCUUAGGACCUUAGGUACCUUUCUAAGNAUGUUUUAUUUAUAAUUUAUCAUUUUAAACUCUUUUCAUCAGUUAUUAUUGCUGGCUUUAAGUCAACAGCAAUAUUUAUUUCCUUGAUUUUAAAACCAUUCCUUUAUUUGUUUACUUUGGAGUCUAAAAGUUCAAUACUUUUUAAAUAUAUAGGUCUUAUAGAAAUGUGAACUUAUAAAUAGUAGAUAAGAAUACAAAUGGUUUUAAUUAUAAUUCUUGCUUUAGGUUAUAUCAUAUUUUCUCCAAUAAUUGGAUUUCCUAUUUCUAUCGAAGAUUCUAUUGGUUUUGA